CGGAGGAUCUGAACCACGGCGUUACUGAAGCCACACAUGGGCUGUGCCGGCGUGCCCUUCAUGAACACAACCACUUUGUCCUUCUGCACCAUAUCUCCAAGGGCUUUCUGGAAGUCCGCCGCCGCGCACAGAAACCGGGCGGAGGCCGUCCACACGCGUCCGUCGGCCUGUCUGGGCAUGUAGACGGCCGCUCCAGACUGCAAACACCUCGCAGUAUUUCUAAUUAAACUGUUCAUGGUCUUUGUUAACAGAAGCCCUAAAGAACUUCCGGGGCGACUUGAGAAAAGCGGAAGGAGAAAAGGCAAACAGCAGUGAGAACGAUUUGAAAGAUGGCGGCGCACAUUGAGAAGAAUAACAAGCCUAGAAAACCUGGAGGAAAGGAGUCGCAGCCUUUGAUAAUUGCCAAAACUCCGGCGGAGGAGCAGCGGCUGAAGUUGGAGAGGUUGAUGCGGAACCCGGAUAAGCCUGCUCCCAUUCCGGACCGGCCAAAGGAGUGGAACCCGCGGGCUCCUCCGGAGUUCGUCCGGGAUGUGAUGGGCUCCAGUGCCGGGGCGGGCAGCGGGGAGUUCCACGUUUACCGGCACCUGCGACGCAGGGAAUACCAGCGGCAAGACUUUCUGGACAAGAUAUCAGAGAAAGUGAAUGAGGACGUGGGAUAUCUCGAUAAAGUGGAGCUAAAUAAACAGGCGGCUGAUGAGAGAACAGCCAAACGCAGGAAGAAGCGCGAAAAGCUGAAGCAUAAAAAGCGGAUGGCGAAGAUGGCAAAACUAGAGUCCAAAAACAAAGGAGAAGACGAGGCAGCGAAGAGCUCUGAAAGCAGUUCCGAAGACGAUGGGGAUAAAGAAAGAGAGGCUGAAGAUGAUGCCGAGGCUCCCAGCUUCAUCAUGGGGAGGAAGUGACCCCUGGUGUUGAUGCUGCUUGGUAGAGACAUUUUGGGCUGAUUGGUCAUGAAUCCAUGGUGGAGAUUGACCAGAGUUUAUCCCCAUUACAACGUCUGAAAAAGCACAAAAAACAUUUGGAACCUUUCAAAGACAAUGUGCUUCCUGUUAUACAGCAAGAGAAACACGUUAUGGACCGCCUUCCAUAGCCCUCGGUGUAUUUUAAUCACACAUUUGGAAAAGAGACAUGUUGAGAAACUAUAGAUUUUUCAUUAUGCUAUCCAUAAUAUCAGUGUAUUUCUAAUUUUCACGUUUCAGCUAGACUGUCAGGUGUUAUUUCAUCUGUCUUGAGGCAUUUCUUGUGUUGGCUCAAAUGUUUAGUCUGAAUUGUGUCUUGAUCAGAUUCUGAUCUGUCGAACCUCCACAUUUUAAUGUUUGCUUUUAAUACAAAAUAAAAAAAUGAAUACAUGGA